CCUGUUGUAACUAGUUCAGGUGUAUGGGAACGAAAUAUGUGAUUUAUUUUCAAAGGUAAAAUGGCAGAAAAAGAAGUUACAAAGGAAGAAUUAAAUCUGCAGUCGCCACUAAAUGAAAAUUCUGCUGACGAUAAAAAAGAUGAAGGCAUCACUGAAAAUGCAGAUCUUGACAAGCCAGUAGGAGUUGAUAAUGAGAUGACUCAAGAUCCACUGUCUACUGAUAGUGGUAUAGCAUCCAGUGAAGAGAGCAGCACAGAAAAUGGUGAAACACAUCACACUAUUUCUCUAGACAGAGCUGAAGAACAGGAAACACAAGAUGACAAGGCAAUCAAGGAUGAUGAUGGGGAGGUAGAUCUAGGAGACCUAACACAUUUGGACAGUAAGAGUAGGAAUGCACUGUUUGAGAAAGGCCUCAAUUAUGACAAAGAUGGCAAGAGAAACUGUGCCCUUAAGUGUUACAUGGCAUGUUUAAAAAAUCUUCAGUCUGACAGUCACUUUCCUCUGCUGCCUCAGUGUCUACGCAAUAUUGCUGACAUAUUCUACCAAAAAGAUGAAUUGGACAAAGCAGUCCAUUUUAUACAGGCUGAGAAAGUGUAUUAUGAGACUGCUUUGAUAGAUACAACAGAAAUCCAGGCAAGGCUAGAUGAAGCUGAGAAGACAUCAGGAAAUGGAGAUCAAAUGGAGCAAACUAUGGAUACUGUUCGUGCUGAAGAAUACGAACACUUAGCAAAGCUGUGUCUGGAUAAAGAUCAACCACAACUUGCUUUGGAGUAUGCCGGAAAGGCAACAAAGAUGCGUCAGCAGUUGUUAGGUGAUAGUCAUCCCGUCACGGUACAGAGCCUGGACUUCUUUGCCUCAGUGUAUGCUAAAGUAGGGCAGGAACAGUACCAAGAAUCAAUGAAGAAACUCAAUAAUAAUGAGGUAGAAGAGAAUGAUGAAGAAAACAACGACUCUGCUUCACCUGUGUCUAUACUUCGUAAAAGAAAAACAGGAGACAAGGAAGAGAAAAAAGUCCGAUUUGAUGAAUCUCAAAUACAAAACCACGAACAGGAUGAGAUGUCAGAUGAAACAUUGGCGAAGAACGUAUUGUGGGCACUACUGUUAAUCUGUUGUGUGUUACUGUUGGUGCUAGCUUCCUACCUGUACUGUAAGCUCCAACCCGAAUCUGUCACCUGUGGGAACAUCCGCUCCAAUAUCUACUACACCUACAUGAGGGCUAAGUACAUCUACUAUCACUACUUCAGUUCUACAGAAGGUGCACAGUAUACCUAAACUUACUGUAAUGUGGAGUCACAGCAGGUUUAUAUUCUACACCUUACACAUGUGAUUAUACACUUGUUAAUUAAUACACUUCAAUGAACACUUUUACACAGAACACACUGAUUGGUUACUUCACAUAAUGAACUGAAAACUGUGAAAACAGAAUAUGUUUUGUUUAAAAACACAAAUAAGUACGAACUUGUUAUACUCUAAAUAAACACCUAAAAAACAUAAAUCAAAGCCAACCUCUGUAAAUCUCUAGGCUACAUGUGCAGUAAGUACUGAAAAACACAGAGUUAAACAAUGUUAAGAAGGUGUGGAGAUAGGUGUGUACCAACUAAACAGAAAUGUUCAUUGUAUCGUAGAAAACAAGGCAUUGAAGUGUUUAUUGAAUUCAUGGAAAAUUAUAUACAAAAUAUGUAUUAGUUAUUUAAGUUGUUGACAGUAAUUAAGACAUUGUUUGAUAUGUUCAACAUUUGUUUACAUACUGUUGAUCAGUAUAUUAUUGAAAUGAUUAUGUGCAAUUGCUUCCAUAAGGUUGUGUAUGUUUGAAAGCUGAUUGUCCAGACUGAAAUUGUGAUAUAAUUUAUAAAUGAGUAUUUGUUAUUCUGGACUGCAUACUGUGUUACAUUGCUUUUGGAUGUGUUUGUAAUCUGAUUAGUGAAGGUUUGAUUAUUAAGAAAUUAACCAUUUGAUUUGAACUGAUACCUUUUUAAAGCACUUUAUGAAUUGUUUUAUGCAGGGUGACAAGUGCACUCUCUCACAAGCCUUGACAUUCAGGCAGUUCUGACAAGGUUGAUAAUAGGUUGAUGAAUUGUUUUAUGAACUGAAGACUGGUGUGUGUAUAUGAAAGGUGAGGGACUGAUGCUACUGAUAGAACUAAAAUGUUUCUUAAUUAUCUCUGUAACUACAUGUAUAAACAGAAUGCUGCACUGACGUUUAGGAUUAUCUCCCUUCUUAUCAUGUUUCCCAUUUAGAUGAAUUCUGCCAGUAAUCUCCUUUUGCACUAUACAGCAUAUUGUGAUCAUAAUUAAAUGUACAGCAAUAAUUAAUUAAUUCAGUCUUCACUUAGAAUUUACCUUAGUGUUGUAAGUUUUACACUUAUUGGAGAGCAUACACUCACAAUAUAACUUGGCGUUGUAGAUCCCUGAUUUAACCUCUUUCAGAUAGUUGUAGAUACAUGCUAUAUCAUCAGUGAUACAAAAUCAUAGUCCUGUUUGUAUAGAAAUCCCCAUCACAAAACACUACAUAGAAUUCUUAUAUCACAAAGCAAUAACAUUUUGGGAGAAAUCAACUAUGACAAAAGAUCUCUAUUACAAAGGUAACGCUAGAAAAGUUGUUUGUUAAGACCAAUUUUAGCAGGCUAAAUUUGGAUUUUAGGCAAUUAUUUUGACUUUUACAUGGAAAACCUGUGUCUAUAAUGGCAUCCAAUGACAGUCAGACUCUUAAUGCUUGGUUGAUUAUUAAUUUUUCAUCAGAAGCAUUUGUGGAGGAAUAUAAACCUAGCGUUCCUUCAUACUCACUAAUUAAGUAUUUUAGUCAAGUUGUCGACAGAGAGCUUUUCUUCAACAUUCUUAGUUUUGACUUGAAAUAUAGUCUGGUUAUUUCUUUGGAUUUUGACUUUUUAAGUUCCAUUCAAUUCAACAUAUUCAUUUUAAUUUAUUUGAUGUACUUUUGUUUUACAGAAGACCUCUUUUUAUGUACAGUGUAUUUGUUUUCAGAUAUAUUCUUAAAGUAGAUAGUUGUCUCUUGCCUAGAGAGAUCGGUAAUGAAUGUCUAUAUUGUUAGGGGACUGAUAUGUAAUGUUGCUAUCAGGUUUUGUGUUGAUCAUAAUAUAUACAGUUGUUAUUACUGGGAGAUACAAUAUUACCAUGUACAUUACGUGUUGUUGUGUCUGUUAUGUCCAUCAAAGUUUACAUACAUACCUCUCUCUAUAUGUCUCAAGUAUGAAGGUUUUCCCAACAAUAUAUAACACAACACCAGUAGCAAAAGCCAACUAUUGUCUCAUACCUUGUUGGUUUUAACAUUUUGUCAGACCUAUUGCCUAGAGAAACAGUAGAUUCAGAAAAGACUAACAUAUGAGUAUUACAGAGGUCGUUAUGUUAUUUUAAUGCCUCUACAAGGAUUCGAACCAAGGACCCCAGUUUAUAAUUCUGACUCUCAUUCAUUCAAGCUAAAGAGAAGUUCUUACUAGCAAAGUGGUAUUACUGGACUAGCAUGUUACCAGGGUUACAUAAAGGUUAAAAGUAAAGGUCAGAAUUUCACAUAAUGGCUAUGAAUGCAAAUUCCCAGGGUUAUAAAAAUGACUUUUGCUGCUGUGCCUACUUGUUCAAUAAGCAGUAAUAUUUGGAGUCUUCAGUAGUGAUUUUGAAUAACUUUGGUAGAAUAUUAAUUACUGUAGUUUUAGAUAAAAAAAAUGGUUUCACUGAAUUUGAAGUAGAGUUCUUGUUGCCAUUAUUUGUAAAAUCAGUAUUCAGACUAUAUAAUGUUAUGUCAAUAGAUAAUCUUUAAUUAGAUAUUGUCCAGGUGUCCAAUGUCAGACCCUCUGUGCCUUUUGUUUUAUGGAAUAGAAAUUUCCAGCAAAAAAUUGACAGAGUUGAAAACCAGUGAUUUGAUCAGUAGAGAGUUACACAUUAUUGUAUUGCUCUUACAGCCGUAUAAAUGACCGACCUGGUAUAUCUAUGCAGUGUCCAGUAAAGCCUUGUAUAAUGAGGAACUGAGUGUUAAUCAAAGUGGUACCUGUGAUAUGUCUGUUAUCCAGGUUGUAAUGAUGUAUUGAUUUUUCCAUCAUUCUACAAUAAGUAAGAAAAGCUGGCCUUUUCUUCAAUGAUGUUUUUAUUCUAAUUUAUGUGAUUAUAUUUUUUAAAUCACUUUAUUUUUUUUGUCAAUGAUGUAUAAAAAUAAAG